UCUUAUUCUGUUUCCUUUUUUUUCUUUCUUUUUUUUCCCCCUUUUUUCCCAUUAAAUUCCAAAUGUCUGUGUUAUCCAACUUGGGGUCUUGAUACUUGAUACCGUUGUUCCGUUUGUUUCUAGUUAUUACACUUAAGUUCCACAGUGCUGUUUGUUAUGGAGUAUAAGUUAUAAACACAUUACACUGAUGAUGAGCUGCUAAAACUCAGGGUCUGGAUAGAGCCAGCAGGGUACAUGGUGAGCUUGCUGUGUAGGGCAUGCAGGCUACAAGCAAAAUGCAGUUGAGCUUGCUGUGUGGAUAUUCAGCAACUAAAAUUUCUAACAGAGAUUUAAAAGUGCUCCUAAAUUAUUCAGUACAGUAGAUGAAUUGAUAAUGACCAUCUUAGCAUUCAAUCCUUUUCAAGGGAACAUAUAUAUAGUAAUUGUUCCAGAUCCUUCUAACAACACAUCCAUCUCCACCACUUAUGCCAUCUCUCUGCUCAGUUCCUCUGUUGACAUUCUUGAAUUCCUUGGUGUAUUUCACUUCAUUAUACAACACAUCGAGAAUGAGGAAAUCAAGCAAGCUGCUCUCACAAGCUGCAGUUCUGAAGCAGAUCAUCAAAAAGUGUUCCACCCAGUUUAGGCAGAGGCACGGGUGGUACGAUGAAGACGAAGGGCUUCCCGGGGACGUGCCGAAAGGUCAUUUUGCGGUGUACAUAGGCGAAAAAAGAAGUAGAUACAUUGUGCCCAUCUCAAUCUUGUCUCACCCCCAGUUUCAGCUUCUCCUCAGACAAGCCGAGGAGGAAUUUGGGUUCCAUCACGAUAUGGGUAUUACGAUUCCUUGCGAUGAAAAGUCUUUCCAAUCUCUCACAGCAAUGCUAAGGUAGAAAAAGAAGAAGAAGAAGAAGAAGAAGAAGAAAUACAUAUAUAGGAAGGUGGAGGGAAAGAUGGUCUAAGAUGAAGCUCUGGUUCCCCUGUUGUGUUUGGCUUCAUCUUUUUUGAACGUUUUCCUCCACCAAAAGUACAUCAAUUUAGCUUGUCACAAUUCUUUUAGUUAUGUUUGGAUCAAGGAGCUAUAUGUAAUUAACCUGGCCUAUUUCUUGGCAAUGUUCAUGGCUGGGUUGAUUUGUAUAGACCUUUUGAUCUUUAGCUUUUCCUGGCAGGGGUAUGCUUCAUGCUAAAUACUCCUUCCCAGAGAACUUGUUCUAUCUUCUCUGUGAUGUGCAUAGGCUAAAGUGAUUUGUCUGUGUGUGUGUAUUUGUCGGCGUGUUCUUAUUUUUUUGGUAAAGAUAAACUUACCUUGAAUUC